AUGAAGGCGUUAGGAUGGUGGCUGAUAGUUGUUGGUACGCUUCGAUUAGCCUCCGUAUGGUUCGGUUUCUUCGACAUUUGGGCACUUCGACUCGCCGUCUUCUCUCAAACUACCAUGAGUGAAGUUCAUGGACGCACAUUUGGAACUUGGACACUGUUAACAUGCACCCUCUGCUAUAUCUGUGCAUUCAACCUUGAUAAUAAGCCUAUUUAUCUUGCUACCUUAUUGUCAUUCGUCUAUGCGUUUGGUCAUUUCUUGACCGAAUACCUAAUUUAUCAAACAAUGGCAGUUUCGAAUCUCACUACUGUCAGCAUAUUUGCAGGAACAUCAAUAAUAUGGAUGCUAUUGCAAUGGAAUGCACAUCUGAAAGUUCAGUCGAAGUCUUCCAAUAGAAAGCAUUAG